AGGCCCAUACUCUUCUUAAGUCGGUUCGGGUUAUAUCGGGUCAAUUUAGACAAAUCGGGUUGUAUUUUUCACACUGUUUUCGCGGCAAUGGGAACUUUGUGAAACUAUGUUUCUUUUUUCUUCAUCGUCUUCACAAUUACGCAAGAUUUUCCCGCCGAUUUUCUCUGUGUUUGUGAAGCUGAAUCGUCUGAACUCUCGUGGGUUUUCGUCUGAUUCUGCUAAAGCCCUCGUCGCCGGUAUCUCUAAAGCAAUUAAAGAAGGAAACUUUAACUUAUUAGAUUCUGUCUACGGUUCAAAUUCGCAUCGAAACGAGACGAAUUUGGUCCUUCUUUCGCUUGAAUCAGAACCCAAUUCUGCGUUAGAGUACUUUCGAUGGGCAGAGAUGUCUGGAAGGGAUCCUUGUUUCUAUACCAUUGCUCAUGUUUUGAUACGAAAUGGGAUGUUCGAUGUUGCAGAUAAGGUGUUCGAUGAAAUGAUUUUCAAUCGUGGAAAUCCUUUCCACGUUCUGGGUUCGAUUAGGGAUAGGUCAAUGGAGUUUUAUUUGAACCAUGGUGAUGUUUGCCGGUUUUUGAUGGAAUGUUGUUGUAGAUAUGGUAUGGUUGAUGAGGCUAUGAAGAUAUUUGUGUAUAGUACUCAAUUGGGUGUAGUUAUACCGGAGGAUUCUGUAUAUAGGAUGCUAAAUUCUUUGAUUGAUGCUUCUCGUAUUGACUUAAUAGCUGAUCAUUUUGAUAAACUAUGUAGUGUGAGAGCUCAUGGAUUUGUGUUGGAUGCUCUUUUCCGAAAAGGAGAGGCUACAAAGGCUUUAGAUUUUCACCGACUAGUGAUGGAGAGAGGUUUUCGUGUUGAUGUAGUUUCUUGUAAUAAGAUUUUAAAGGGUCUUUCGGUUGAUCAGAUAGAGGUAGCUUCUCGGUUGUUACGUUUGGUGUUGGAUUGUGGUCCGGCACCUAAUGUGGUGACUUUUUGUACGUUGAUUAAUGGGUUUUGCAAAAGAGGUGAAAUGGAUAGAGCAUUUGAGCUUUUUAAAGUUAUGGAACGGGAAGGAAUAGCACCAGACUUGAUCGCUUACAGCACUCUGAUUGAUGGAUGCUUCAAAGCAGGGAUGUUAGGAAUGGGUCAUAAACUUUUCUCGCAGGCCUUACAUAAAGGUGUGUAUUUGGACGUGGUUGUGUUCAGUUCAACGAUUGAUGUUUAUGUAAAAUUUGGGGAUUUAGCAACAGCGUCUGACGUGUACAAGAGAAUGUUGUGUCAAAGGAUUUCCCCUAAUGUGGUUACUUACACCAUUCUCAUAAAAGGCUUGUGCCAGGAUGGUAGGAUUUACGAGGCUUUUGGUAUAUAUACUCAGAUCUUGAAACGUGGUCUGGAGCCAUCCGUUGUAACUUAUAGCAGUCUCAUUGAUGGUUUUUGCAAGUGUGGGAACUUGAGAUCCGGGUUUGCUUUGUAUGAGGAUAUGAUAAAGAUGGGUUAUCCACCUGAUGUUGUCAUCUAUGGUGUGCUUGUCGAUGGCCUUUGCAAGCAAGGGCAGAUGCUCCAUGCUUUGAGAUUCUCUGUUAAGACUCUAGGCCAGUCGGUCCGGCCCAAUGUUGUAGUUUUUAAUUCCUUAAUAGAUGGCUGGUGUAGGUUAAAUCGUCUUGACGAGGCCUUGAAGGUGUUUAGAUUAAUGAGGCUAUAUGGUAUAGAACCUGAUGUAGCCACAUUCACCACGCUUAUGAGGGUGUCUGUCAUGGAAGGUAAAUUAAAAGAGGCAUUAUUUCUAUUUUUCCGGAUGUUCAAAAUGGGUUUGGAACCUGAUGCUGUAGCGUUCUGUACCCUAAUGGAUGCAUUCUGCAAGCAUAUGAAGCCAACCAUUGGGCUUCAGCUUUUUGAUCUUAUGCAGAGGAAUAAAAUUCCUGCGGACAUCGCAGUAUGUAAUGUUGUUAUUAAUUUGCUUUUCAAAGGACAAAGCGUGAAGGAGGCUUCUAAGUUCUUCAAUAAUCUUCUUGAAGGAAAGAUGGAGCCUGAUAUUGUGACAUAUAACACAAUGAUAUGCGGCUACUGCUCUUUGAGAAGGUUAGAUGAAGCAGCGAGGAUUUUCGAGAUGCUAAAAUUUACACCUUUUGGACCCAACGCCGUUACUUUGACUAUACUUAUCCAUGCACUCUGUAAAAAUAAUGAUAUGGAUGGUGCUAUAAGGAUGUUCUCCAUAAUGACGGAAAAGGGCCCUAAACCGAAUGUUGUCACAUACGGUUGUCUAAUGGAUUCGUUUUCAAAAUCCGUCGAUAUUGAAGGUUCUUUCAAGCUUUUCGAGGAUAUGCAGGAGAAAGGUAUAUCUCCAAGCAUAAUCAGUUAUAGCAUCAUAAUCGACGGUCUUUGCAAACAGGGAAGAGUGGAUGAAGCAACAAAUAUCUUCCAUCAAGCCAUAGAUGCAAAGAUAUUGCCUGAUGUUGUUGCCUACGCAAUUCUCAUUCGUGGUUGUUGCAAGGUUGGAAGACUCGUUGAAGCUGCGUUCUUGUAUGAACAUAUGUUAAGAAAUGGAGUCAAACCAGAUGAUUUGCUGCAACGAGCCCUUUCAGAAUAUAAUCUCCCAAAAUGGUUGAUGAACAAAGGGGUCUGGGUACACGAUAAACCGAUGCCUGAUUAAGGAGUGAGUGUGCUUCAUUACUGGUGAGCUCUUUAAAAUACAUAUCUGGUUUACAGAGGAAUCAAAUGUACGAUGUUGUCCAUGUGGAAGUCUAAGGAGAAGAAAUUAAUAAAUAUAUGUUGAUUCGAGCUUUUAGUUAGACAGACAUAAAAGAGUUUGGUCAGU